AUGGGCAGUGCAAUUGGCAGACCAAUCCGUCUUGAUUCUACAACUUUGAAAAAAGAAAUUGGUUAUUAUGCUAGUAUUCUGGUGGAGAUUGAUUUAGCUAAUGACAUUCCUAACAAGGUAGUGGUUGAAUCGAAAUACUGUAAGUUUGAGCAAGAAAUAAGAAUAUCUAGAAUGCCUAAGUUUUGUAAUCAGUGCAAGAUUGUAGGUCACUUGGUGACGGAAUGCAGAGUUGCAAGGAAAGAUCACGUGGAUAAGAAUAAGAGCACACCAAGGGCCAGUAAUGAUACUUUAAAUGGUAAGGUGGAUGAGCUCAAUAAAAUUUAUACUAAUAAUAACAUUCCAAAUAGUAAUGAGAAUAAUUUUACUGGAGUACUAGAAUCACCUAUGGAAUUCCCUGCUUUAUCUGUGGAAAAUUUAAUUGAUGUAGGUAAUUGUGGCAAUGGUAAUGUUUCAGAAUUGGUUCUUUUGGUUAACCCUGAAAUCAGUACCAGUACAACAACUGAAGUAGUAUCUGCUCAAGUAUUGUCGAAAAUUAAUUCUGGUGGAGUAAAUUUGGAAGGAUGGAAGGAAGUAUCAGGUACUAUAAGCUCAAAUAUAAAUCCCGUCUCUGCUAAAAGUUUUGCAUCACCAAGUAAAUUUCAAGCUUUGAUAGAUGUUGCUCAAAAACAGGAUCAAAUUUUUUCUACAUUGAUCAGUAAACCUAUUAAAGGCAAAGGUAUUAAAGGUGUUCCUAAUGUAACAACAAGGAAACAAGCUCAUACUUCAGUUAAAUCACAUUCAGGAAUGGGAAGUUCCGAUACUUCUCAAACCAAUCAAUCUCAAUGA